AUGAAAAAGGAGCGCGUUUACUUUGCAAAAAUGUGUCGUAACCGUUGCAUCGCACCUCGCCAAUACUGCGCAGUUCGAACACCGACAUGUUGUGAGAAUCGCGACGAUGAAUGCACAGCGCCUAUCCUUGGCGAUCACCUUUGCUAUUGCGAUAUGUUCUGCGAUCGGGGACCGGAUGGAGGUAAUGACUGUUGUCCAGACUUUGAAGCAACAUGUCGAGGCAUUCGUCCACAUCAUCAUCAUGAAGACUUGAAUGGGCAAGAAUGUGUAUCGGAUGGAGUACAUUACCGGGAAGGUGAUUCGAUUGAGCAAAACUGCCAGACAUGCUCUUGCAUGGAUGGCAUGUGGAAAUGCGAUGAAUCAACCUGCCUAAUCCAGGAAGAUCUUUUGGAAAAGGUCAACCAAGGACGAUAUUCAUGGAAUGCACGAAACUACUCCUUUUUCUGGGGACGAAGCCUCGAUGAAGGAAUCAAAUAUCGCCUUGGAACCCUGUUCCCUGAGCAAUCUGUGCAGAAUAUGAACGAAAUCGUGAUAAAGCCACGUGAAUUGCCGCCAUAUUUUGACGCGCGAGAAAAAUGGCCUGGAAUGAUCCAUGAAGUAAGGGAUCAAGGUGAUUGUGGUAGCAGUUGGGCUGUCUCGACCACGACUAUUUCUUCGGACAGACUUGCUAUUAUCACCGAUGGGCGCGUGAAUGCUACUAUAUCACCUCAGCAGCUUUUGUCCUGUAACCAGCAUCGUCAGCGUGGUUGUGAAGGUGGUUAUCUGGAUAGAGCUUGGUGGUAUAUUAGGAAGCUUGGUGUCGUUGAUGAACAGUGUUAUCCGUACGAGUCGGGUCACACUCGCGAACCGGGCGAUUGUCGAAUUCCGAAACGAAGUUACAAGAGUGCAAAUGGCCUAACUUGUCCAGCUGGUGCACAUUUGGACAGUACCGCCUACAAAAUGACACCACCAUAUCGUGUAGCUAGCAGAGAAGAGGACAUUAUGACGGAAAUCAUCACCAAUGGACCUGUGCAAGCAACGUUCGUAGUUCAUGAGGAUUUCUUCAUGUAUUCUGGAGGAGUGUACAGGCAUACAGAAUUGGCCGAUGAAAAAGGAGAUCGAUUCACUGGAGAGGGGUACCAUUCAGUUCGACUUCUCGGAUGGGGUGUUGAUCACUCAACUGGGCGAGAUAUCCCUUACUGGCUAGCAGCCAACUCCUGGGGAAAGCAGUGGGGCGAAAAUGGAUUGUUUAGAAUUCUACGAGGAGACAAUCACUGCGAAAUUGAGAGCUUUGUCAUAGGAGCAUGGGGCAAAGGCGCUAAGCGACGACGGCGUUUCAAGAUGCGUAAGAUGCGCAGAAGAUUCCGAAAGCUAUAA